GUUCCUUCGUGUGCUAUUUCCUCAGAGCAAGAAUCUCUCUGGUCACCUUUUCCUCUUUUAAGGAAAUAGAAUGGAGGGAAAUUAAAAUGGUGAUAAAGAUGACCCAUCUUUCCUCUCCAUCCCCAUUUCCACAGGAUGUAGCCCUUCCUUGGUCACACUUUACCGAUUAGAUAGCAGAGGUGCCACUGGAAAUCAAGAGAACAAUUGGAGGAUGGGUUUGAAAAUACACCAAAUGAGUGAAGGGUUUUUUUGUCUCUAAAAGACAGAGUAGGUCAAGGCUACAAAUGAUCCCUCAGUAUCCCCUCAUCCUUUUCCUCUGAUAAAACCCCUAGCAUCCUGAUCAGUCUUUCUCUUAUCCACUUUGAGCUUGGUUCCACAGACUGAAGACACAUCUCAUUGUGUGCACUUAACAGGAUUAUUCAGAUACCACAGGUUGCCCUGGACAAGGAGGGAUGUUUCAGGUUCUCCUUUUGUCCUUCUGCCUCCAGGCCAAAGCACAGCCUUUACAGGAUAAUACAGUGGCUCUUGAUCCCUGCUCUGCUUACAUCAGUCUGAAUGAACCUUGGAGGAACACCGAAUACCAGUUCAAUGGUUCAACUGACCAACCUGAGUGUGACAGCCAUGUUGAUGGAGAAUGGUACCGCUUCACGGGGAUGGCUGGUGAUGCCAUGCCUACUUUCUGCAUCCCAGAAAACCACUGUGGGACCCAUGCCCCAAUAUGGUUGAAUGGCAGCCACCCUCAGGAGUCAGACGGCAUUGUACAAAGGCAGGCUUGUGCAACUUUCAAUGGGAACUGCUGUCUCUGGAACACAACAGUUGACGUCAAGGCAUGCCCAGGGGGCUACUAUGUCUACCGCCUAACCAAGCCCAGCGUCUGCUACCAUGCCUACUGUGGACAUUUCUAUGACAUUUGCGAUGACGUUGAAUGCCAGGGCUCUUGUUUAGAUACUGGAAACUGCCUGUGCUCUUUAGGAACAAUCAUGGGACCAGAUGGACAGACCUGCCUGGAUGAAAAUGAAUGUGAAAGGAACAAUGGAGGCUGCAGUGAGUUCUGCAUAAACAUGAAGAACUCUUACCGUUGUGAAUGUGGUGUUGGACGUGUCCUGGGCAAAGAUGGAAAAACCUGUGAAGAGAAUGAAGGCUGUCACAAUAACAAUGGGGGCUGCAGCCAUACCUGCACUAUUGUGGAAGACACGUAUCAAUGUGAGUGCCCACGGGGUCUGGUUCUGUCAGAAGACAAGCACACCUGCCAAGUUCCAGUCCUUUGCAAAUCCACCUCCAUAGAGGUCAACAUCCCAAAGGAUCUGGUGGGAGGCAUGGACCUGUCGCUUCUCAAUGGUUCCUGCAAAGGCGUCUCCAAUGGCACACAUGUCAACAUUAUUUUCUCCCUGAAAUCUUGCGGCACCACUAUCAGCAUAGCCAGUGACAAAAUUGUUGCCACAAAUAUGGUAACUGGCUUGCCAAAACAGACCCCAGGCAGUAAUGGCGACAUCAUUGUCCGCACUGGAAAGCUGUUGAUCCCUAUCGCUUGUGAAUUCCCUCGCCACUACACCAUCUCAGAGGGCUACAUCCCCAAUAUCAAGAGCUCUCCACUGGAGAUCACGGGCCGCAACCAGGGCGUCUUCCCAUUCACCCUUGAGAUAUUCAAAGACAAUGGGUUUGAAGAAUCCUACGGUGAUGCUCUCCCCACCCUUAAACUCCGAGAUUCCUUGUAUUUUGGAAUUGAGCCUUCAGUGCACGUGAGUGGUCUUCAGACCUUGGUGGAGAGCUGCUUUGCGACGCCGACAUCCAAAGCUGAUGAGGUCCUGAAGUACUACUUAAUUCAAGAUGGCUGCGUGUCUGAUGAGUCUGUGAAGCAAUUCACAUCGAAGGAUCAUCUUGCCAAGCACUUCCAAGUCCCGGUGUUCAAAUUUGUUGGGAAAGACAACAAGGAAGUAUUCUUGCACUGCCAUGUCCUGGUAUGUGGAGUGACGGACGAGAGGUCUCGGUGCGCACAGGGGUGCCGCAGACGGAUGCGCAGAUGGUCUGAGACAGAGGAACCUGGUCGCUUGGCAAAUCGCAUCCUGACAGGGGGUCCCAUUAGAAUUGACGUGGAGGAGUAGUUCCUCUUUGUGAACACACUGUCACAUGGACAUUUACUCCUACUAGUCUCCAUUUAAUGAUGAGCAACAUUCACAGAUUGCCAGAUUUAUGAAAUUAUUUGCUUUUCCUGUUGACUUUGUUGGGGUCAAAAAGGAUACAGUCUACAUUCAAAUACUAUUGGAUGGUUGCAACAGUAUUUAAUGACUCAGAGCAAAAUUGUAACCACUUCUGUUAGAACUGGUUUAUUUAAAGAACAUCCAGAAUACAUAGAUAAUCAAGUCUUUAUAUAAAUAGAGAGUUGUGAGAUUAACAAGCUUGCCCUGAGAUGAGGGAUAUUGGUGAUGUCUCUUGUGCUAAAGACUAAUCACACUUUGAUACUGUUUUAAUGUUCAUAACUGCAUCCUAUAGAAUUCUGGAAUUGUAGUUUUCUUAGGUUUGUCUGUCAGAGAGCUCUUGUUGUAAACCUUUGGGGUUUUGUGCAGCUUGUGUUGACUCUAAGGCAAACCUAUCACAGGGUUUUCUCUGGAAGAUUUGUUCAUGUGGAGAUUUGGCAUCAACACUGCACCACACUGGCUCCCCAGAGAGCUAUAGUGUCUCUCAAAAAUUCAAAUCCCAGUAUUCCAUAGGAUGUAGCCUUAGCAGUUAAAGCAGGGACACUAAUAGCAGUUACCCAGGGCUAGAAAAAUGGUGGCCUUCCAGAUGCUUCACCAUUGCCCAAGAUGACUGGGAUAAAUGAAAUAAUUAAAGUCCAAAGACAUCUGUAGAGCUACCAUUUGCCCAAUUGAGCAUCCCUAAAAGCUUCCUUUUUAAAAAGUUCUGUAUUUUAUUAGAUGGCAAGGUUGGACUUCCCAAAGACAUCUUCCAAGAGCGAGGUGAGCUGUGGUACAGUAAUUGACAAUCCAGAGAAAUGUUGAAGCUUUCUAUAACAUCACAUUGACAUGUAUGCAUCCAAGAUGGCUGCAUAUCCACUGAAGCUGAUGUACUGAACUGUGACAUUAAGUCCUUCUUCCCGCUUCAGUAUUUUUUUAAAUAUUCAGUAGUGUGAUGCUGAAUUUGGGAAUCUGCCGGGACAAUCCCAAAUUUAUACGUGCCCUUGUGAAUUUUGUCUCUAAAUUUUGAGGGAUCCUUGAGAAGAGAAUGAGUGCAAGUCUAAAAUUUUGUGGUACUCUUUCUCAGCACUGAUGCAAGAUGUGUGCAAUAUACAUUAAUUUAACAAGUCUAAAACCUUUAGUCAACACCCCCCCCCCCAAAAAAAUCCUGGGACAACAUAUCCACAGGGCAGUAUGAGUAUUGUACCUUAACUUAUGUAUACAUGGAACCAUCCCCUUCGCUGUGUAGAUUGGGGAAAGUAAGAGCUUGGUCCAUCCUGCCCCCAUCUACUCUUUCUUCCGUGGUGCCAUUUCUGGCUUUUAUUCAUACCUGGGUGGAGAAAUAACAAAGCGGCUAGCCCCGAGAUGGCACUAACACUUUUCUGUCUCUGCAGAAAGACCCUCAACUUAUCCAUGGAUCAAAUCAAUAUCUAUAAUUUUGGCCUCAAACCCUGCCCUUGACUUAUACACGAGCUCACCUUAUACAUGGGUAUAUAUCAGUGGUUCUCAACCUGUGGGUCCCCAGAUGUUUUGGCCUUCAACUCCCAGAAAUCCUAACAGCUGGUAAACUAGCUGGAAUUUCUAGGAGUUGUAGGUCAAAACGCCAGGGGACCCGUGGGUUGAGAACCACUAAUAUAUUUGAUAUGUGUAGCAAGCACAUGCAUUGUGCCAGAUUGGAGGAAAUAGGGGAGAAAUGUGCAUUAGUUAUGGACUCUUGGGAAAGAACCAAAGAUGGAAGGCAAGUAUCGUGUAAUACACUACUACCACUGUAUCGAUGGAAUCAAUAUCCUCAGCUUUAGUUAUCCACACUGAGAAAUGGUAUCAAAAAUCAAAUGGAAUUUAAUGUAAAUUAAAUUUACAGCUGAGACAUAUAUGUUUUAGUACCUUUUAUAACUUAGAUUUUUAUAUUCUGUUAAGUUUUAGGGCCACUAUGCAAACUACACUGUUCACUAUUAUCUGUGGUUUAAUCUAUCUACAGUAAGUACAGGAACAUAUCCCCACAGAUAUAGGGGUCGGACUGUAUUAUAUUUAGAUAAUGCAAGCAUUGUUACUGCAGUUCAAUAUGAAUGUCAAAGUUUCAGAAAAUCUAGAGUUCAGCCAUGAGGUUGGGAUGCAGCAAGUCAUGCUCUGAAAAUGAAUUUUGGGUCUUUUGAAAAAUUACAGUCAAAAUGGACAAAAUAGUGCUGUUUAGUUCGGGCCAACUGAUAAUUUGAUUAACAAAUGUACAAAGGUAGUAAUCUGCAAUGUCUAGGUGAUACAUUUUGGAUGAAUAGUCAUUUUAAAUAUAUAUAAUGAUAAUAUAAAAUGAAGUUGUAAAAUAAUAGUAAUUCUUGUAGCUAGAACUGACCUUCAAAAUGUUAUUGGCAAUCUCUAAUGCUGUUUGAACUAUAUAUAUUAUUAUUAUUAUUAAAUAAAAGUUAGUUUUAAAUGCCUGCAUGUUAAACAUGACUCACAAUCAGUAUAACAGUGGUUCUUUCUCUUACUGUUUUUAGGGGUACAUCAUGGGAUUUCUUUAAGUUGUUUUAAUGUUUCAAUGGAAAUAAAAUCAAUGACCAUUCUGAGUCUAA